UGUUGUUCUUUUAAGAUCCUUGUUCGAUCCUGGGCCAGACAGCAGUGUUUUUGUGCUGAUUUUACCAUCAGUGGCGCCAAUGGAUGAAAAAAGGGGUUCUGGAAGAACGAAACGUCAAAUGAAGCACCAUGAUGAGGGGAAGUGGGACUGCAGCGUCUGUACGUUUAAAAAUCCACCAGAGGCAUUCAAGUGCGAGAUGUGUGAUGUACGCAAAGGUACAUCAACAAGGAAGCCGCGUGCAAACCAGCAAAUUGUUGCUGCCCAGAUAGCACAGCAGUAUGUGCCACCACCGCCGUUAAAAAAAGAAAGACCGGACCGACCUCUCCAAUCGGCCACGCUAUCUUCAUUGAAGUUAGAACCGGACGAUGAGCUGAAAGAUGAGGACGAUGAUGGGGAGCAGACGGACGAGGAGAUAAUUCCAAGCAAGGAGAGAAGGACACAUCUUGAUUCCUCUUCAUCCUCUUCGACAAUAUCUCAAAAUAGCACACAGCGACGGACAAAGAAACUACGACCGCCACGAUUAAAAAACAUCGACCGGAGUAGCGCCCAACACAUGGCGGUAACCGUUAACAACGUAACAGUAAUAAUCACAGACUAUAAGCCGAAGGAGCGGCGAAUAUCAGGGGAUGCUCAUCACCACAAUAAUAACACCAAUAACACGAACUUAAACAGUAGCACAGAUCUAGAGACUGAUGCAGUGAACGACUCAAUUCAACAAAACGGCGAGGAGUUGUCUGAUUUCGAGUGCUGAUCAUGCUGGACGUGUUCGACCGUGUUGACAUAAGCAGCUGCCUUCCAUCUUGACCCUCAAGUUUUCAAUGCCACUACGAGCACGCCGCGGGACAAAUUCAAAAUGCUGUCUUUUUCGUGAUCACAUUUCGAGGGCAGAGUACAAAUGCUUCUAUCAUGAUGACUUUUAGGUGAUUGACAUCGGUAACUAUUACUGGUGUUUGUAUGGGAUAUUAUUGUGAUUUGAGUCGGUAUCUCUGCUUAACCUGCAACUAUUUUUGUCAGAACUUUUUUAUCAUGUGAUGUAAUCACCUAAUUCACCUUGAUAAAAGACAGCCUCUGGAUUAAGGCCGCGGCCUAAAAUAGAUGAUCUUAGGCGGGUAUUUCAAAAGCACAAAAAUUUAUCAGAAUUUAGGUCAGAAUUUUUCCUAGUUGCAUUGUUUAAAAUGUGUUUACAUGUACAAGUCAUUGAUGACGUUGAGUAAGCCAUAACAUUUCGGCAAGAAUUAAUAAAGACAAGUCUUUAUCAAACUUGAUGUGGGGCGUGUAUCAAUUUGCCAGCAAGUUCAAACCUGUCAGUUUGCUUCAUGAAUUAAGGUUCACAACAUAUUCGAAAGAUCUUGUUAAUUUCUGGGUUUUAGUAACUAAAAAAUAUGUACUUGUAUAUAUUUUUAUCGAACACCAUCAUAGUAUGUAAUCAUCAAUCAAAAUUUCUGUAGGAUGUGACUAUUCUUUGCCAUCUUUAGAGUUGUGAUACAACUGUUCGGGGACCUCGUUUUAGGGGAAGGCCAUCAAAGAACUCUGCAUCAAGCGUUUAUGGACAGGUCGUGUAUUUCUUUACGAUGCCCUGGUUCUGGCCGAGCAUUCUACACCAACACAUUUUUGUUAUGUUAUCUUUAUGUCUUGCCUUUUGUUGAGGACAUGUUUUGUUUUUAAGGCUGGUUGAAUAGAAAUUUAAGUAGAGGUGGCUGAAUAGAAAUUUAAGUAGAGCGUCUUGGUCAAUUCAAGCCUUGGCUGAAUUGAAUUCCUCAUGUACUGUUCUCCAGUCCUCAAGUAUUGCUGUAGGUUAUUUUAUGCUUUGAUAUCAUCCAAGGAGUUGAUACUGUCCGAGCAAUGGACAAAAUGAGUAAGCAAACAGACAUUUCCUUCAUCAAAUGGCAGGCAUGAUCGUGCGUCUCAUUUGUCCUCAGUGCUACCAUCAUGUGAGACAGUCGGGUACAGUCUAGUGCCAUUUUUGUCUGCCGGCUAUUUUAGUUGACACCUUGUUUGUUAAUUUCCUUCAUUUGUUAUCGAAAUGUUCACAAUGGUAUGUCCCAUUCUUCCACUGCUUUUGUUUUGAUGUGAGGGAUAUUGUCAUGUUGGGUGUCCUUGGUUUGAGUUGAUUCUACCUGUAGUGUCACUUUAUGCGGGUGGGAAGAAUAUCUAUUUCGGGGGGGGG